ACACCACAAAUCCAGCCUGAAGAGAGGGAUCAGAUCUUUAAUACACCUUCGUCAUGUCGCGAUAUCGAAAAACUACUUUUGCAGUUCGAUUGGUCAUCAGAAAACCCAGAGAGGAAUACCAGAUUGAUCCUACGGAAGUAUGGAAAGUCUCUAGAACAAAGAAACGCAGCACAAUCAUUCCUGGAAAGGGCAUUGGCCUUGAGGAAGGUUCAUGAGGCCGCAACUAGGCCGCCAGGGAGUUCGCAAGUCACUUUCGACCCUAACAAGGCUUUUUCUGGUACCCCUGACUUAAUUACAGCAAAAAGUAGUGCCGCGGUUAAUACAUGGAAAUUGAACAACAAUCCAGCCACAGAAAAUCGCCAGUACAAGCGGAAACGACCAUUAACGGAAGAUCAGGUCUUUUGUAACAGGUACCCAAGCGGAAAAUAA